AGAGAAACAGGAAGAACGGUUUAUAUGCUCCUUCCUUGACAGGAAUUAGUUUAGAGACAGACUGAUUUAAGUGGUUUUGGACGCGUUUUCUCUCAUUUCCCUACUGGCUCUGGUCUCUGCGCUGGUGCUGACUGCUGAUGGAGGUUUUUGAAGAGGCACUGCAGUAUCUCAUAUCCUCCGGUAUACCGGUGGAGGAAAAUGGAGCUGUGGAUUCAGAAUUCCCUCCGGAUGUGUUUGGGGAUGAGACCGACUGGCUUCCUAGCAUCACAGAGGAGGUGGCUGCAUUUCCAGACACACCAAUCUGUAAAAGCCCAGAAGAGAUGCUGGACAGGAGACUGCAGCUACUGAAAGAAAUUUUAAUCAGUGAAGAGACCUACCUGAAUGAGUUGAAAAUCCUGAUCAUGCCUCUGAAGGCUCUCAGGGCCUCAGCUAGUACAUCCCAGCCUGUGUUGUCCAUUGAGCAGGUCCAGACAGUGUUCUACCAGCUGCCAGAGCUCUUAGAUAUCCACACUGAGUUUCAUAGCAGCCUCAGAGCGAAACUAGAGUUAUAUUUAGAUCUGGAACCAGGCCUUCCUCUGAUUCAGCAGCAUGAGAACCUUGACCUGUCCGUGGGAGAUCUCUUCAUCAAAUUUGUGAGCCAGUUAGGAGUGUACCGAGGAUUUAUUGAUAAUUAUGAGAAUGCUGUAGAGAUAGUGAAGAAAUGCACCCAGUCAGACCCACGAUUCCGAACUAUUGCCCAGAGCAUGAAGUCCACAAAAGGAUCAGACAAUUCCAGAGCUAUGUAUACCUUUGAAGCUCUACUAUACAAGCCUCUAGACAGAGUGACUAAGACUACUCUUGUGCUGCAUGACUUACUGAAACACACUCCAGCUGAUCACCAUGACAGUGUGGUGCUACAGGAAGCGCUACGUGUCUCAAGCAGCUUCCUGUCUGGGGUUAAUGAGGGAUCACAGUGCAAGACCUCUGUCACUCUUAGCAGAGGAGAGCGACGGCAGCUUGUGCGAGAUGGAUUUGUGGUGGAGGUCUUUGAUGGUGGGCGGAGCCUCAGACACCUUUUUCUCUACACAGAUCUACUACUGUGUGUCAAGCUUAAGUGUGGAGCUAUGGGGAAACAGCCUUAUUACAGAUUUUGUUGGUAUAUGCCAAUAGCUGGACUCAGGAUGAACUGGGCAGCAGAGCAGGAAGCAUCAGCUGAACUUCAGCUUAAAAUCAGCAACAUGAGACUGAAGGUGUUCCACUUGAGGCGAGAAUUCUGGAAGUGCAUGAAAGAGAAGAAAGGGUCGGUUUCUCGUGCUGCUGAUCGCUGUAGGAGGAAGCUUGAAGCAUGUGAAAUUUGGCUUCUCACCCACAAACCUUCUUUUAUUUUAGAGCUACAUAGCCCCAGCAGCAAAAGUCACACCAUUCACUUACAUUCUCUGUAUGAGCUGGACGAGUGGAGAGAAGCAAUUAACAACCGCAAAGCAGAGGAGGUAGAGACAGUGCCACCAGACUUACUGUCCCUUACCAACUCUUGUGUCAAACUAAGAAUGACUCAACAGCUGCCCCUUUGCUGUCUUAAGCCUGACAAUGAAGAAAACAAUAUGUGUGGGAGUGUGUGCGUGAUUGUGCAUUCAGCUUGUGGGCUACAGCAGCCAGUCAGUGUCUAUGUGUGUGUAGAAGUUGAUGGCUUUGAGAUUUUUGAGAGAAGAGCUCAGACUUGUCUUUCAUCAUAUAGUCUGAUGCCACAGUGGGACCAGGAGCUGUUGCUGAAGGUGGAUGGAGCUCAGCACCUCUACCUGUUGUGUCUAUCUCAGUCAGAGGAGAAUAUUUUGGCUAGAACUAUGAUACAGUUAAAUCCUGCUGAUAUGCUAAAAAAGUGGAAGAAAAUGAAUGUGAAUUUGGGCUCCAUAGAGGUGACGCUGUCGAUCAAAUACUCACCCCAUCCGCUUGAGCCACCCAGCUCAGCCCCUCUCCAGCACCAGCCUGUAUUCUGUGUGCUUAUUGGAGACGUAGCAAGACAAGAGCGUGUGCUGGUUCCUCAUAUAGUACGUGCCUGUGUGGAUGAGGUUGAGAGGAGAGGAUUGGAAGAAGAGGGCAUUUACAGAAUCUCAGGAGCCAGCAAUGAGAUUCAGGCUCUAAAGCAAGCAUUUAACACCAAUUACUGGGAGGCUAUGAGUAAGGUGAGAAAUGUGGAUGUGAAUGUAGUGUCUGGAACGCUUAAGCUCUACUUGAGAGAACUGCCUGAGCCUCUUAUUCCUGCUGCAUAUUUUCAGAGGCUUUCUAAAGCAAUGGAUCUGACUGAUCCCAAUCUCAGAGAAAGCACAAUGUUGUCUGAGCUGCACUCGUUCCCUGACGUCAACCGCAAUACACUUCUCUUCCUCUUACAUCACCUUAAGCGGGUUGCAGUGAAGGAGGAACUGAAUAAAAUGUCUUUGAGUAAUCUGGCAACAGUGUUUGGCCCCACACUCAUGCGCCCCCCAGCGGCCACUCUAGAUCAGUGUGCACCACCAGUUGACAUCUCUCAAGAGGUUGAGGUUCAGGUCCACGUGAUUUACCUGUACCUCCAGAUUCCGAAACUUCCAGAAGCUCUUACUACACAACCACUGGAUACUGAGGAAGACCCAUGAAGAUUAAUUUAGUGCUGUGUGUUAUACAUACAUAGUAGGAGCAAACAUUAAGCAGAAUGUAUUCUUGUCAACAUUCACAAACAAUUUCAAUGAAAUGUAUACCAUGUAUAUUUGGCUUAUUUAUUUUAAAAACACCUUGUGUGUUGCCUACAUGAUAACACGAAACUUUUUGUAGUAAAAAAGAAACUGAUGAAUAAAGCUGUUAGAACACUUGCUUAGGUCAGAUUAUUGUCACUGGA